AUUACAUUUGUGCCAGGCGCUCGCUCGAUACGACGAACGAACAAAAUAUAUAAUAAUAUAUACAACAAUUUGAUAUUAAUUUUAGCAGAAUCAACUGUGAUCUCAUUCGAAUAUUGUUAAAAGAGAAAAUGUUGGUUGUAUUAUCGCCGUAAUUUAAUUUAAAAAAAAAGCAAGUUCCAUAGCGUUUUUCGGCAUUAUACGUGUUAGAAGAAUAUUUGUUUAAAAAAAGUCCAAAGAAAUUAGUUAAAACGGGUUCCGAAACAGUUAAUCGUUAUACAAAACCAAUGUAUAAGGCGGCAAUAGCCGUUUUAUUCAAGAAAAGAGUCGUCAAACUCGAAUCUACGGAAUCUGAAGACCACUUUCAGUACAUUUCGUUACCUCCUGACAUCCCAAUAAGAAAAUGUCACUACCCAGAACAUUCAACUAUAAUCAGGAGUUUUCGAACCUUGACGAUCAGGUCCUGGGCUGCUCGGCGCCUCCCACAACCGCGCUGUCGUGCUCCAUUGACCUUCCAACAGAGAAUAAUGUUGAGGCGACUCUGUCUUCAGACAAGGCCGGGUCGUUGCUCUCAGUGCGCUCGGCCCCAAUCGAGAAGCAAAGACCUACCAGUCUGGUAUUGGAGCUGCCUUUAGCUACGCAAGUCGGCGCGUAUCUCUCGGCGAUGUCUCCGACGGAGCAGGAGGAGGAUUCCCUGCUGACGCUGUCUUCGGUGACGGCGAGGCCGCUGCUGGCCGCGUCCAGGAAGUUGAGACCUCCAGGGUCGAAUGCCGAGAGCAUCGUCCCUCCCGACGGCGGCUACGGCUGGGUGGUGGUAUUCGGCGCGUUCAUGGUUCAGUUUUGGGUGGCUGGUCUCUUCAAGUCCUACGGGGUUCUGUACGUGGAGAUAAUGGAGACGUUUCCGGAUUCGUCAGCUUCGGUCGCUUCGUGGAUUCCGGCCGCUCUGUCGACGUUGUGCUUGGCUUUAGCACCACUGUCGUCGGCUCUCUGCGAGAAGUACUCCUGCAGGCUGGUCGUGUUCAUCGGUGGGCUGUUCUGCGCGAGUGGACUCGCUCUCUCGUUCUUCAGCACGGGACUGCUACAUCUGCUGCUCAGUUUUGGGGUCAUGACCGGUAUCGGCGGAGGACUGUCCACAACGCCAGGCAUCGUCAUUGUGUCGCAGUACUUCGACAAGCACAGGGCCCUGGCUAAUGGUAUUUGCGUGAGCGGGACGGCUGCCGGCAGCUUCGUCUUCCCGAUGUUGAUCGAGAAACUGGUGGAUGUAUAUGGACUGCACGGAACCGUUCUUCUGUUAGGUGGGGGGAUGCUGCACGUGUGCGUGGCGGCGACCUUAUACCGUCCCCCGCCGGUGGCAGGCUGCGGGGAGCGGACCCCAGCGACCACCACCACGACCGAACACUCCACUCUACUCAACGACAUCAACGAUGGUGGCAAAAUCGAGCCGCUCAAGGACAACUGCCUCCACAGCUUGUUUCACCACAACCCCGAACUGGCCCUGAACCAGAAGAACGUUUUGCUGCAAGAAGAAACGAAAAGAAUGAACCUAAUGACAGAGAUAAUGCAUCCGAACUUAAUACAAGUAGUGCGACAGUCCCAGCUGUCUGACUCUGAAGAUUCCGAAGGGAUGGACGUCCUCGGAGUGGUCGGUCUACCGCGCGAGGUAGUGAGACUACGCCUCCGGCCGAUCAGAUCCUCGUCGAUCCUUCAUUCAGUUGAGGACCUGUCUACAGACAGCACUUGCGUCUACAAGGCUUCGAGAAGGAAAUUGAGUCGCUCUCUGUAUAUUCGUCCGCCCGUGACCAGCCGCUUGACACAGAGUAAGCUCGCCGACCAGGUCAUCAGGAAAGAAGUUGAAAUUAAGUCCGAAGAACCCGAGAAGAAACCGAGCAAGGGUUGCGUUGAAAAGAUAUCCAGAUACUUGGACGUUUCGCUGUUGAAGUCGUGGCGAUUCGGUUUGCUUUGUACGUCUGUGGCGCUGAUGUCCUGUGGCUCCCCUUACGCGCUGUACUACUUACCGGCGUACACGGUCGCCAUAGGGCACACGAAGGCAGCCGCCGGUCGGUUGGUGGCCAUCAGCGCUGUACUGGACCUGUGCGGGAGGCUGGGGCUGGGCUGGCUGUGCGAUCUACACUUGUUCUGUAGAAGGAAAGCCUAUAUCAUCAGUAUCUUCGUUGCUGGAGCGGCUGUGCUGACGCUGCCGAGUCUAACUUCCUGGUGGUCCCUCGCUAUAGUCUCAGGAGCGUACGGCCUCUGCCUCGGCUGCUGGUUCCUGCUGGUUCCGGUGCUGCUGGCGGACGCCUUCGGCACCGCGCGCAUUGCGUCCUCGUACGGGCUCGUCAGAAUGUUCCAGAGCGUAGCUGCCGUCUCUGUACCACCAACUGCAGGCUAUAUAAGAGACUUGACCGGAGGUUUCUCCUGGUGCUUCUACGGGAUGGGAUCCUGCAUGGUCCUGGGCACGAUCCCGGUCAUAGCGUUCCACGUCAGCACCAAGAACGACGACAAUGGCUCCACGGUGGACUGAGUUUGCUCAGCCGGAUUGUGAUAUCAGAGUGCUUAGCUCGAGUUCUUUAACGCUCUCGAUAUCGAAAAAGUUAACUCAGGUGUGGAGUUGGAACGUAUGCCUACGUUUGCCGCUAGGGACGCUGUUACAAUCGCAUUCGAGUUAACUUUUUCGAUAUCGAGAACGUUAGAAAAAUCGCCCUGAGCACAAAGUAGGGUACAGUGCCCGACGAUAAAUAUCGCACAUCGAACUUUAGAAAGAGAGAAUCGGCUAGCUUCGUAGAGCGUUGUCUCUCUCGCACACAAUGAACGAUUACCAAACGUCCAAACAUAGGUAGCGUGCGACAGAGAUGACGCUAUAUGAAAGCUAAAAUAGCCGAAUAUCUCUUUCUAAAAGUCGAUGGGAAAAUUCUUAUAGCGGGAUACGGUAGAAGCUCUUUAUUCGCUUGGUGCAUGUUCCGUGAAUACGCCGCGAAUGUAGAAACUGAAGUGAAUGCGGAAUGAUAAUUUACAUAUAUGGGAGAUCAUAGAGGAUACGUUCCGUACGUGACAAAAUAAUAACAUACUUUAAGCGUAGUUGUAAUAAGGUCUGUUUUACGUUUUUUAUUAGUCAAUUUGACGACGCGUCUAAAGGACAUUGGAUACCCAAGUACAUAUUGGAAUACUUUUCAUUAAUGUGCAUGUACAAAUUUAGUGAUGAGAUCAGCGAAUAAAGAGAUCUUUAGACGCGAAUAUAGGUAUUGGGUCGUUUUUAAUUUUAAAUCCGCGAAUAGUGAAAACGCGAAUGAAGGAAGCUCGACUAAGGAGCUUUUACUGGACUAUACGAAUAUUUUAAGGCGAAUGAUUGAGGGAAGCCGCCGAAUCGAGCCGGUUCAUAUCCGGAGCUUUUGCGACUGAGCUUCUUAAGCUAUCGUCAGCGCGAUUCAAGUUUUUGCGUUGGCUCUCUAUUUUCCAUGUCCGUUACAGUUUUAAAAAAGAAUUAAUGUAGUGUUUUUCUUUUUCAAAGAAGAUAUAUUUUUUACCGCGCGCAAUGGAAUACGAACAUUGUCGGGGUCAAUGACCCGAUGUGGUAAGUUCAAACAAAUUUUCUGCCGGAUUACUGAACACCUACCUUUUUUUUAUUGCUUAGAUAGAUCGACGAGCUCACGGCCUACCUGGUGUUAAGUGAUUACUGGAGCCCAUAGACAUCUACAACGUAAAUGCGCCACCCACCUUGAGAUAUAAGUUCUAAAGUCUCAAGUAUGUUAUCGUCCAUAAGUCUCAUCUUCAUAGUCGAUUACUCUUGGCAGAGCAGUAGUGGUCAUGUGGGAUCCUUGUUUAUUAUAAGCCUUGACGGCUGUUCUCCAAUACUCUGAUAUACUCAUUCCUUAUCAGAGGAAGUGUGAAAGUAGCCACGGUAAUCAACAAAUUAAAGAGCGGACGGUUAGCAUGGUGUGGACAUGUGAUGCGUAGAGAGAAGAUGCAUGUGACUAGGAGAUGUAUGGAAAUGGCAGUGCAAGGUAGAGAAGGAAGAGGUCGACCGAAGAAGACAUGGAUGGAGUGUGUGAAUGACGAUAUGAGAGAGAGAGUAGUGAGUGUUGAAAUGACGGCUAAUAGAAGAGAAUGGAAGAGAAAAAUUGGCUGUGCCGACCCAACCUAGUGGGAUAAGGAGGAGACAAAGAAGAGACAGCUGCUCUCCGUAAUUCGCGAAGACUUAGCGCAUGCAGUCGUCAAAUGGGGUUUUGGUGAGAUUCUUAACUUGAUCAGUCCAGCGCAUGGGGCUUUGUCCACGAGGUCUUUUACUAUUGACCCUACCCUGAACAAUAAGUUUCUCGAUAGACUCUGCUGGCCUUACGUGUACCUAUCUCCUCCUUGCGUCAUGUUCUUCAGUGCUGAGGAUCGUGACAUUUACAGAGCACUUUUGUUAGGACUAUGUUCCUCCAUCCCAUCCUGUCCUCCACGUAGUGGAUAACGACAUUGAUGCUGAAGUCCAAAGUCCUCUUGAUCCGAUCGGACCAGAGGGAUUACGCUCCCUAAGCCUCUUAUCUUCCACUUUGCCACUAUUGAGGAGGUCUUUCGAGAUUGUCAUGCUUUUUUUACGUGUAGGUACCUACGUUGUGUGUUUAUUUAGGGUAAUUAAAACUAGUUUUCAAUAGUACCCUGAAUGCGGUCUCCAAGUAAAAAAAAACUUUUUGUACUUGCCAUCCUUAGGAAGCAUAUUAUAUUAAAAUUACAGUUCAAUUAUUGGAGGGGUAGAAACAGUGGUGGAUUUACGCAUUACACAUAGGACCUGAAGCGACAUGAGUUGAGGGGCGGGAAUUUUUUAUGAAAAGCCAAUAGAUUCAGAGACGAUAAAAAAUAAACACAAUCUCGUAUGAAAAAUAAAUGUAGAUUAAUUUAUUAUUCAUAAAAAAAAUACGUGUGGUACUCAGGGACUGCGGCGGUAAAGCUAUUGCAUAGCAUUUUGUAUCAACUUAGGCAAUUAUAAUGUUGAAACUCCCCUUGAAGUGUAAAAAAUCAGCUUCUGGGUCGGGCAAUAAUUGUUAAUUAAUAUAAUUUCUUUUGUGGAUUGAAUGCAAAUAAUGAGUUCUUGUUAUCACUGACAAGAAUCUCACUUAUUUAUGUUUCUAAUUACGAAUCAGAUACCUUUUGGCGAGAACGCGUGCAGAUAAUAAGUUGCGUGAAUUGUUUUAUUUUAAUAAUAUAUAAGUAGUCUCUAUUCGUGUGUCAUCAUUCUCCUGCCCUUCUCCCAGUCACAUGGGGUCGGUGCAACAUGUUUUCUCCUUCCAUACUCUUCUAUCAUAUACCAUUUCUUCGCUCACUCCCCUCCUACCCAUAUCGUCUUUCACGCAAUCCAUCCAUUUCUUCUUAGGUCUACCUCUUCCUCUAAAUCCUUCCACAUUCAUAGUUAACACUCUCUUAACAACAUCAUUUUCAUUUGGUCUCAUCACAUGUCCAUAUCAUCCCAAGCGCGCACUCCUCGGCUUCUCUGUCACAGGUGCCACUUUCUCUCUUCUUUAUUCUUGUGUGAGCGUGCAAUAAUGAUAAUGGUUUAUUUAUCAGUUAGCGUCGGUGAAAGGGCACAAAUUCGGGGAAAUUAAAAAAAAUCGCUGGACGUGUAUUGUAGAUCGGGUCCUACAAAAAAUAAAUAACGAAAUCUCAGUAAAUUCCUAUCAUUUUACUUUAAGACUAAUUUCAAUGCGAAAUUUUAGAUAAAUCAUUAACAUUUGAUUUAUUUCAUUAUAUAAUGUGUAAGCGACAUUAUUGCAACUUCACAGGAGACCCUUAUAGAGUUUACAAUUUGGAAAAAUGAUUUUAACAAAAAAAAAAACUUCAGCUUUUGAAUGGAGUAAACUAAGUUGAAGUUCAAUUAAAAAUAUGACAUGAUAAUUAUGUGGAUAUCAUAUUAUAAACUCGACGCUGGCAACAAUGUCAUUACAAAAAGCAAAAAAAAAAAACAAUUUGGAACAUUUUGCCAUAGAUACGCGACACAUUGCGAUUCGUAUUUCUUAUCUAUUUCAAUUAAUUUACUAAAUGAAUAAUCCUACUAGCGUCUUAUUUACGACUGCAAGUUUUUAAUAGCACAAACACUUGCUAUUAUUAGGUAGGUACGUGCGAAGAUAAAUGUCAUCUAAAAUUUUUACAUCUAAUGUGUUGUCUAGGCACUAUGACAUCUAAAGGAGAAUGUAUUAUGUUCGAUCGAUGUUUGUAUAUAAGAAUAUGUAACAUUAAGAUUGUGAAAAUUGAUAAUUUAUGUAAACGAAAAAUAUCACUGUGUUGUGUGAAAUGAAAUAAACUGAUUAAUGUCCUAAGUA